UGCAAAAAUUGAUAAUAAAUAAAAAGGGAAUAUUAAUACAUAGCAAAUUUAAUAAUCUCUGCCAUUGCCUACUUAUAAGUGUCUUGCCUAAUUCGAGGUUUUCCACAGCAUUGAUGAGCUGUUGCAACAUUCAGAUGCACAAAACUUGUAUUAUUCAAGUUACGAAUCACCUACGCUGACAAUGAUUCUAACAAGCGGCUGGUUCGAAGUGACAGAUUCGUUAAGCAAACAGGUGAAAACCCGCUGGUGCAUUGUCGAAAAUGGAGUUCUGUGGAUGUUCAAGAAACCUGGAUCAUCCGAGGGCAAGGACGGUCUGCCUCUUCACGACGCCGUGGUCGGCGAAUGCAACCCACCAGUCCAUCUGCAACUGGCCAUCAGGUGUCGAAGGUCAGGUCGCGUGUUGGCGCUCAAGGCCACGUCCAAGGACGAGUACUCGCGGUGGAUGGUCAUCCUCAGCGACAUGGCCAGACUGUGGAGUGACAAGCGACGCGCCAGCAUCCUCAACAAGCAGUUGAUGGCCAUCGCACUUGAAAAUGAGUCAAAUAAAGAGGAAAGCGUUUACUACUCUGAAAUCGAUCCACUGCCACAAGAAAGUCACAAGUUUGCUCCGCGGCGUAAGAGUGAAAUAAUACAGCACGACAGCGCCAUAACUUCAAUCGAAGAAAAGUUACACAAUGCAAAAUAUAUUCGAAAAACACUUAAGGAAAUCGUUGAAGCGACCGAAGACUUGUCGCAACUCCGGUGGGCCAAGCUCCACGAAGUUCAGCAAAGUGGAUUGCUUGGUGUAUUAGAGGAAGAGCACGUGGCUUUGGAGGAAUUAAAAUUCGCAGCUCUCAUUGAAGAGUUCAGGUUUAUGGACGAGUUGAAAAAUUUAAUUCACUUAGCCACUCGUGCUGUCAGUUGGAACGAUCCUGCUGUACCCGCUUACCACAGACGAGCCAUCGUCAACAGUUUGCACAAGGUGAAAAAGAGCUCAGCGGUUGUGUUGCGAAUGGCUGAACGGCACUGGAGCCAAAAGGUCACAAUGCAGAAUGCAAUUUUCACUCUUCUGGGCCACGAAGCGCGGGUUGCAGCCUGGCAGCAAACCUAUACCGAGUAUUGCUCUCACCUGUCGGAACUUCGAUCAGUUUUCAAUCGCUCGAGGUUUACUAGACCGGAGAUGGAAGAGAAAAUAUUCAGUAAAAAGUAUGACUUGGAGUUAGCACUGGUUCCUCUGCAACAUCUCACAUCCCAAAGGCAAUUGAUACAGACCAUUUUCGAGUUGCUCUCUCCCGGUUCUGCGGAAUUCUCGUCAGCUAGAGGCACCAGAGACUUUUUAAAUGAGAUUUUAGAUAGUUGCUACCAAGAGCUGACAGAGCUCGAUGGCUCAGAGUAUGUUGCGGAGAUGGACAAUGCAUUGCAUUUUGACUUGUCUAAAAUAAAUCCCAUCGCUCCAGGCCCAAAACUUUUACCCCGACAAUCCAUAAAACCCCCUGCAAUUAAUGCUAAUGAUGAUGAAGAUGAGGAGCGCAUUUUGAAAAAAAUGGCGAAGGCAAAAAGUCGACCAAGUAUUAUGUUUGGAGCUCUAACAAAUGCAGUACGGCGCUUCACUUCUGAGGGUAGCGCGCUUAAUGAAAGGCGGCGCGCGUCAAUGCCUGCUUUUGAGUAUCCAACAGCGCAAAGUGAUUCAAGCGAGAGUGAGAAUGAAGCGGAACAUGAUGAAGCAGUGGUGGUUAUUCCUCAGAAGACUCCCAUUGACGAAUAUGAGCCUGGAAAAGUGGUGCCACGGUUUUUCAUUGGCGAGCCGUUCUAUCAAGAUUAUUUACUUGCAAUUGCCGAGGAAAAUGCCGAAAAACUCUUGCAAAGGGGAAUGAAUGAAGACUCAGUUUACGAGGUGGUGCACUCGUUCGAAGAAAAGGGCUGCACUCAGUGGUUUAAUAAUUUCAAAGUGCAAAUAUCUGGAUUAUUAGGCAAAUUAAGUGAUGACGAACGUGAGCUUGCGUCUAUCCUGUAUGAGCUUGUUGCCUCCGAAGCGGCAUAUUUGAAGUCGCUCCGCACUCUUGACCUCCACUUUGUUCGCAACACAGAUUUCUACGAUGACGCUGUACUGUCACCUGAGGACCGCCACUUUUUGUUCUCUGGCACUGCUGAUCACAUAGCAAACAGCCAGCGACUUUUAUAUGCGAUGGAAGGCUGCUGGGAGAAGGACUUGCUUCUUAACGAGCUGUGCUCCAUCAUCCACAAUAAUGCGAUCAGCUCAUCAGCGAGAGCAUUAACUUCGGCCUGCUACAACCAAAGAAUUGUGGCACCCACAUUAAAAAGACUCAUGGAAAAUUUAGAGUUUUCUGAAGCUCUUAUUAGAAUGGAAAACUCGCACGUUUGCGGCAGGCACUCUCUGUUGUCAUAUUUAACCCUGCCUAUCAAACGGUUGGGUCGGGUGAAACUUCUUUUGGACGCCAUGAAAUCCAUUUUGGCAAAAAUGGAUGAUCCCGAAAAAAUGGGCCUGAGGGCUACUUGCGAAAGUGCUCACGCAGCUGUGGAUCGAUUGAUAACGAGAGCCGAGUUGGGUGCAAAAAAGGCGCUCAGCGAUCAGUCUUUGCAAACCCUAGCUUCCCGGCUCUCUUUCAAUCGUAUUCCCAGUUUGGCUCUCAACGCCGAGGGUAGACUGCUGGUGCACCACGGUGACUGGCGUAUUUUAGGACGCAGAGAAAAUGGCAGGGGAGCAUUUAAGCCAAAAGUGCCCCAGAAAGAGUUGCUUGCUUUUUUACUCACGGACAUUCUAUUGCUGGUCGACCCUUUGGCGAGCUCUUCAACUGGCCGACUUGAGGUCUUUGAAUACUCGGCUAGGUCUGAUAUCCAGUUGAGGACAAUUGGUCCAGGCUGUCAAGAACCCAUGCCGGGCUAUCUUUCCAACGACCCUGCAGCUAAAAAUUCACUCUAUUUAAGUUUUCGAGAUCAGUCUGGAAAGCUUGUAGAAAUGGUAAUUGGAUGUGACAAUCCAGCCGAUAAAGCCAGGUGGCUGGGAGCAACGCGAGAUGAAAGUAAUAGCUCACGACCGUCACCCCCGCCGAGGCGCAGAAGACCUGCAAUUUUAAAAGCAGUAAAAGCAUACUCACCCUCUUUGCCAGACGAAUUGAUGCUCACUCCAGGCGAUAUCAUUGCUCUGUCGAGAAACCCCGGAAAUGGCUGGGUUCAGGGAAAAUGCGUCUUAGAUGGAUUCAGCGGUUGGUUCCCAAAAGAGCUGACGGUUCAAUUGUGCGCUGGUCGAAAAAGUGUAACAUUCCUUGUGGAUGAAGAUGAUCAGCCUCCUCAUUAUGCAACCAUUGCUUUUACUAAUCGAUCCUCUGUCGCAUAGAGAGCUCUCUCAUUUGUAAUCUUCCAUAAUGAUUUUAUAAAAUCCUGUUUGAAAUAAUUAUUGUUUCAAUAAAAAGAGCUUAUUUAUAUUUAAUUACAGAAAAAGUCAAAUUUUCGCGCAUUAUAACCGUUGGCAUUGCAUUUUAUUGUCAUAGUUUCAUUUGUUUCAUUACAAGACUUGGUCCGAAUGCCUGGAAAGUUGAAACGCAACCUGCAGCACUUUUCUGUGUUUCAGGUUGCAUAUAAGAGGCGAACACCGCGACGACAAUAUUACACACAUAACAUUAAAUUUAAUACAGUUCACAUUUUGCUGUUCGCUUUUUGAGCGUCACCUGCAUCAAAAUAUAAAACGAGUGUGCCAAUUUUGAUUUUACAAUUCUGUUCAAUUAACAGACACAUCGUAAAAAUCAGAAGUUAUUAAAAAAAAGAGACAAUUCAUUCCAAGAGCCUAACUACAAUAUUGAAAAAAAUCUUAAUGAAGUAAAAAAAAUAUAAUUCCAUAUUUAACUACACUCAUUUAAAAUACACACAUUAUAUAGGGUUAUGUGGGUUAUUUAUUUCAUAUUUCCAAUUAACAUGUAUCAUGAAAAUGGUAUUAUUCUGGUAUUAUUCAUAUUUU